AUGGGGAAACGCGAGAGGCUGAGGCCAAAGGCAUCGCCAGCCACCGACCAGACAGCGGCCUCGUCGUUCUGGAGUCCAGCGAUUAAAACCGGAAAUGUCUUCAGUCAAGACGACACAUCGAGCUUUUUCUCCUCGGCCCACAGUCUUGUGCAGACGCAUCCGUCAACGAGUGGUACAUUUCAAAGUGGUUUCGGUGGUAUAGACAAUCUGGGCAGUUUGGGUAUCACCGUUAGACCACCGAGAACACGACCGCUCGAUUACAGUGAGCGGGCGACUGCUGAGCUCCGAAGAAAUCCGGCAUUAUCAGCGCCUGAUGAGUGCGCCAGGGCCUGCAGAGAGGGUGAACCGCCGCGAAUAUGUUACUACCAUUUCACUCUUGAAUAUUAUACUGUUCUUGGAGCGGCCUGUCAAGUCUGCACCCCAAAUACAACAAACACUGUCUGGAGCCAUUGUCAAUGCGUACUAGCGGACGGUGUGGAGCGCGGAAUUUUAACUGCCAAUCGAAUGAUUCCUGGACCGAGUAUUCAAGUGUGCGAGGGUGAUAAAGUCGUUAUUGAUGUUGAAAAUCACAUGGAGGGGAUGGAGGCCACUCUCCAUUGGCACGGUAUUUGGCAGAGAGGAUCGCAGUAUUAUGAUGGAGUGCCUUAUGUUACCCAGUGCCCUAUUCAAGAGGGAAAUACAUUCAGAUAUCAGUGGACAGCAUCAAAUGCUGGCACUCACUUCUGGCACGCUCACACUGGACUACAAAAAAUGGACGGACUCUACGGAAGUAUUGUAAUACGACAGCCGCCGAAUAAAGACCCAAACAGCAAUCUCUACGACUACGAUCUCACGACCCACGUCGUUAUGAUCAGCGACUGGAUGCACGAGGACGCAGCCGAACGAUAUCCCGGACGACUUGCUGUCAACACCGGACAAGAUCCGGAAACUGUUCUCAUUAAUGGAAAGGGUCAAUUCCGAGAUCCCAAUACUGGCUUUAUGACCAACACCCCCCUGGAAGUAUUCACAAUAACUCCAGGUCGUCGGUACCGUUUCCGCCUGAUCAAUUCGUUCGGAUCAGUGUGUCCAGCGCAAAUAACAUUCCAAGGGCACCCUCUGAAUCUCAUAGCCACCGACGGUGAGUCCGUGCAACCGGUGGCCGUUGAUACGGUCAUCUCCUUCUCCGGGGAACGCUACGAUUUCGUUAUAAAUGCCGAUCAGCCGGUGGGCGCCUAUUGGAUUCAGCUCCGGGGUCUCGGAGAGUGUGGUAUCAAAAGGGCACAGCAACUGGCCAUUCUCAGGUAUGCGCGAGGCCCCUAUCAACCCGCCUCACAGCCGCCUACGUAUGAUCUUGGUUUACCGCAAGGUGUUGUACUCAAUCCACUUGACGCCAUUUGUAAUAUGCCGAGGGAAGAUGCCGUUUGUAUAAAUCAAUUGAAGAAUGCCAGGCACAUAGACGAGGGAAUUCUUCAGGCACGACCGGAUGUUAAAAUUUUCCUGCCCUUCAGGUUCCUCUUCUACCGACCUGAAGAAGUCUUUCAACCUAACACGUACAACCGGUUCUUAGUUGCACCGACGGGUGAUCAUGUAAUAUCCCUCGUUGAUGAGAUUUCAUUCACAUUCCCACCGGCUCCACCUCUAUCGCAAAUUGAUGAUAUACCGCCGGAGCAGUUUUGUAAUGGGGAUAAUAGACCAGCAGAUUGUGGAGCUAAUUGUAUGUGCACCCACAAAGUUGAUAUUCCGCAUAAUGCAAUUGUCGAGGUGGUUCUCGUUGACGAAGUUCAACAGCCAAAUCUGUCGCAUCCAUUCCACCUGCACGGAUAUGCCUUCAAUGUUAUUGGAAUGGGUCGAUCGCCCGACAAAAACGUCAAGAAAAUUAAUUUGAAGCACGCACUGGAUCUGGACAGACGCGGCUUACUGCACCGAGAAUUCAAUUUGCCACCGUCUAAGGACACAAUAGCAGUGCCUAACAACGGCUACGUAGUUUUUAGAUUUAGAGCGGACAAUCCCGGAUAUUGGCUUUUCCAUUGUCACUUCCUCUUCCACAUAGUGAUUGGUAUGAAUUUAAUUCUACACGUCGGUACACACGCCGAUUUACCACCAAUACCACCAAAUUUCCCAACGUGUGGAGAUCAUUUGCCACCCAUAACUCCGCCCCUGCCACUGGAACACUCAUUUCCCUGAUAAAAAGUAUUGAAAAAACUAUCUCAUAAUCACUUGAUAAUAAUCUUAGAACAAUUUUCCCUUGUAACAUAAAUUUAAAUAACUGGGAUAGAGAUAUAUCCAUUCUUUCAUGUGAUUUGUUUUACACUAAUGCAUCAAACAAAUCAUAUAAUCCUUUUUAUAUUAGAGUAACUCUUGACUGACAACCAACAAAGAGCAGCUCAACAAUAUUUAUUGAAAAAGUCUCAAAUAUUAAUUAUUAAGUGUCUACUAUAUUUUUUUAUUUAGUCGAUAAUGAGACUUCAAUGUUAACUAACAAUUAUCUUAUUUUUUUUGUAAAUAAUAUUAAAUAUAGGGAGAUACAUCAGUUGUAUAUGUAUUAUUUGUUAAAUUGUUUGGGGUGUAGAUGGAUUAUAAUAAUCAAUGGAUCGCGGAAAAGGAAGAUCGAAAAUAAUAAACAUUAGGUAGACGCUAACAGAAUCAUGGUGCCUCUAUUAACAAUUAGUGAACAUGUGUGUACGUGUGGAUUAAUUUUAAGUUUAUUUCUCUUUUAUUCAGUGUGAAUGGAUUUUUAACGUAAAAUAUCAAGUCCAAGGGGCUAAUGUCAAAAACAAAAUCAAAGGAAAUAUUAAUAGUGGGAGGAAAGAAUAGGGUUUUUGUGUAUAAAUCAAUGGGAAAUUUGUAUCUUCCAAAAUUAUUCACAUUAUUUUUUUUGCUCACACUCAUAUCGCCGAUUGAUGAAACCAAGAUUUUGAAAUGUCAAUCAAUCAUUGCGUUACAACUUGUGCCUUUUGCUCUCUGUUGUUGAUUACACCUAUAUCAUUUCUCUUCUCCUUACUGUUACAGAGAAACCAUGUAUUUUUUUUCUAUAAUAAUAAUAAUAAUAUAAUAAAGUUGUUGA